ACACUUACAGAAUCAGAAGGGGCGAAGGUCUCUGUGGCGUUCCGAGUUCACCCACAGUGCUCCGUUUCGGAAGCCGCACUUGAGCAGCCGCCUGCCAGCCGGGGCCGCCUGCCGGGGUGGCGCGGACAAUCUUCAGCGACUUCGCAAGGGAUGUCACUCCGGCCCUCUUGGCGUGCACUGACCAACGGCAGUCAACCCGACCCGAGUUCUUGGCUCAAGCCCGUCUCUCGGGCCGAGACCAAGCCAAUGACACCCGCUCAUCGGUUUUACCCCAAAAAGCAACAACGCAAAAUCGUGCUGUUUCCUGAGUAGGGCAAGUGUAUCUUGUCAGGUGAAACAUCAGGCUUCCAGGUCCAAGUUGUCGAAGAAUCUGCCCGCCUUGUGAACCCACUGCUACCGUCCCCAACUCGCUGUGCUUCCCUGUGCCUCUCUUUCGCCCACUUUCGCCUACUGUCGCCUACUUUUUAGCGAAACCUUGAAUUCCAUGUCCCCACCGACGACUGACGUCCGGGCCAUUGCAGCCGCGGCACUAGAUUUGUCGUCGUUGACAUCCCAAGGCGGCCAUGUUACCGCCAUAAGCGCCCCAGCGCUUGUCCUGCCUCCUCUCGAGUCGCGGUCGUAUCCGGCACCGAGCAACCGGCUCCCACGGUUACCGCCAUUAAACUCGGUUUUCUUCCCGUGGGCGCCAAUCCAGUUCCAGCAGCAUCAUCCUUACCUACAACAGCCGGCUAUUGCAACCGGCGCGUGCGUGUCGCCACCAAGGUAUCCCGAAGCGGCGUUGCAUCCCCACCUUCUACUGCACCCGCCCGUAUCCACACCGGCACCGCUGCCACGUCCUCGAGAUUGGCCCAGCGAGCCGGGUCGGCCUUCUCAAAACGCUCUAAACAUAAAUAAGCAGCAUGCCGAGACCCACUCUGGCAGUGGGAGGCCUGGGCAACACCGCCUGGCGGGGCCAGAGGCCGGCGAAGGGCAAAAUGAGGAGGGGCGAGCGCAGCCGGUUCUGCCGCCGCGCAAACUGGUAGAGCGUUUCAGGGCCUCUCUGGAGGAACAGCUGGAACUCGACUAUCGCUGCCUCGACCAGAGAGCGCGACAGCUAAAGCAGGCGGAGCUGGCGGAGCUGGACCGAGAGAAGAAAACCUACAAGCUCCAGGCCAAGGAAGCAGAGGCCAUCGCAGACGAAAAACAGCGGGCGUACCAACUGGACCGGGUUAAGCGCAAUCAUGUCAAGAGAGUGGUUAGCAUCCGCAAGAGGCACAGGCGGUAUCCUCGCGCGCAAGAGGUUUGGCAGAUCUCCAAGAGGUGAUACAUACCAGUUGACAUGAUGCAAAUAAUAUUGAAAUUUUAGGUAUUGAUUGUUUUGACCUUUGGUGCCUGUGAUAAUUUAAAACUUUUAUUUUUGUCAGGAUGUGAAGGUCUCGAGGGUUGGUAACCGGUGGUGUUGUGG